AUAUAAAAAAUGAGAGCUUUCGUUUUAACGCGUACCAGCAGAUUCCAAAAAUAGCGAUCGAUCAUCUUCAUUCAUCAUCAAGAAAGAAAGAAAGAAAGAAGCUAUUUCCCUCUGUGUUCUUCGUCUUCCUUCUUCUUCUUCCCCAUCGUUGCAUUUCAGAGAAAUGAAUUCCAAUUACGGCAGAUCCAAUUCCAACCCACAAAAAACAGCUUCAUCUUCUCCCUCCGUUUCACUCAACAACUUCAAUUUCGAUUUUGAUCUCGGCAUCGGAUCCAAUCGACCCAAAUCCCUAAUCGAUCAGAAAACCCCCACCUCCAACUCCAACUCCAACCCUUCCUAUUCCUAUUCCAAUCCCAAUUCCUCCACCCAAUCCAAGAAACCAUCAUGGACCCACCAACCCGUUCCGGCCCAAACCGCCGCGUUACCGGGUCAACCACCGUCCAUGGCCGGAGACAUCUUCGGCAAGAGCUGGGGAUCCGCUCAACCUUCUGCUCCAACCAUUGGAAUCGUCAACAAAAACCCUAACCUCUUCGGUGAUUUGGUUAGCUCUGCUUUGGGACAAGGUUCCAAGUCUUCUUCUGGUAGCACCAAUGUUCCUCUGAAAAAUGCAGCUUCUACAACCAAAACCACCUCAUUCUCCAUGGGGAAUAUGGCCAAUUCAUUGCCCAAAACUGGUAAUGCUCCUCAGAGUAGCGGUUCUACUUGGGGAUCUUCUUCUGGGAGUUUUGGUGUGAAUAAGAGUUCCAAUCUUGGGGGUGCUUCAAUUGGAAGUGGAAUCAAUUCUGGUAACAAGGAUCCAUUUAGUUCUUUGGGUGUUGGGAUUGGAACCAAGCAAUCUUCUUCUGCUUCAGCUAGUCUUAAUUCAGCUCCUAAAGCUAAGAAGAUUGAGAAAGAUGAUGAUGGUUUUGGAGAUUUUCAGAAUGCUGCUUCCAAAUCAAGCUCUGCUGGUUUUACAUCGAGUGGUAAUGCGGGGUUUAAUUUUGAUUUUACUGGAUCAACCGCUUCAUCGAAUCGGUCUCCUGCACAGGCAUCAGGUGGUGGUGAUCCAAUGGACAUGUUCUUCACAUCUUCAUCAGGUGGAGGUGGUGCUGCGGCCUCUCAGGGAUUUGGAGGACAGGCCUCUUCUGAAAUGGAUGAUUGGGGUAUGGAUUCUGAGUUUGGCGGCGGAGGGCAUGAUGGGGGUGGCACAACUACUGAGCUGGAGGGGCUUCCACCACCUCCUGCUGGGGUAUCAGGUUCUGCUGCCAAAGGCAAGGGGAUGGACAAUUACAAGCAGGGGCAGUUUGCUGAUGCUAUUAAGUGGCUUUCAUGGGCUGUCAUUCUUCUAGAGAAAGCUGGGGAUGAUGCAGGCUCAGUGGAGGUUUUGUCAUGCAGGGCUUCAUGUUACAAAGAAGUUGGGGAGUAUAAAAAGGCAGUGGCGGAUUGUACAAAGAUUCUUGAAAACAAUGAAACCAAUGUAUCUGUCCUGGUACAGCGUGCUCUCCUGUAUGAGAGCAUGGAAAAGUACAAACUUGGCGCGGAAGACCUGAGGAAUGUGCUGAAGAUUGAUCCCAGUAAUAGGGUUGCUAGAAGUACUAUUCACCGAUUGGUUAAGAUGGCCGAUUAAGAUUUUUACUUCUCUUUUAACUUUAAUUAUUACGCUAUAUAGAUUUACACACACACACCCUCUCCCAAGGCCAUCUCCUUUGCCGUGAUAGCUAGGGAUGAUUUCUAUGCAAUGUAUUUGAUUGAUGUUGCGCCUUUAUAUGAUUUCCCGGUGUAUGUUUUUUCACAUUCUGGCUUAUCUCUUGAGACUAUCAUUCUUGUUUCCUUCACCUACAUUCGAUUUAAAUAUGAGUUGUCAUAUUCUUUUUCUA